AUGGGUCAGAGAAAUGCAGGAAAUGCUCAACAGCAGAGUGAACUGAAGGAGCAGCUCAGCGGCUUCACCGCCCACAACUCUGUGGAUGUGACUCUGGACCCUGAUACAGCUUAUCCCAAACUCAUCCUGUCUGAGGAUGGGAAACAAGUGAGACUCGGAGACACACGACAGAAACUCCCUGAUAACCCAAAGAGGUUUCAUACUGUUAUCUCUGUCCUGGGAAAGGAGGGUUUUUCCUCAGGGAGAUUUUACUAUGAGGUGCAGGUUGGGGAGAAGCCUAAGUGGACUUUAGGAGUGGCCAAAGAGUCCGUCAGCAGGAAGGAUAGCAUUACACUGAGCCCUGGGAAUGGAUACUGGACCAUAUGGCUGAGGAAUGGGACUGAGUACAGGGCUUUAGCUGGUCCCCCUGUCCCCCUCCCCCUGAGAGAGAAGCCCAGGACAGUGGGGGUGUAUGUGGAUUAUGAGGGGGGUCAGGUCUCCUUUUACAAUGUGGAGGCCAGGUCUCAUAUCUACUCCUUCACUGGUUAUACCUUCACUGAGAGACUCUAUCCAUACUUCAGCCCAAGUCACAAUGAUAACGGUAAAAACUCAGCUCCACUGAUCAUCCCUCCUGUAAAACACAUUGGCUGA